CAAACCUGAUGCUCCCUGCGCCAUGCGGCUGGCACACCGUGCCCCGCGGCUUCACUGCCGGCGGAGGAUCCUCGGCAGUGCCGUUGACGCCCCGCCGCUUCGGCGGCGCCGCGCCAUGGGCGGCCUUCCUCGCGGUGGCGGCAAGGUCGCAGAGGGCCUGUCAGGGAGAUGCGGCGCAAAGGAUGCUGCAGGAUCUGGCAGAACCUGCUAAGGGAGAUGCGGUGCAAGAGGUGCUGCAGGAUCUGGCCGAGGUGGAGUGGGGCGGCAAGGCCAGGAAGGAUCGCGGGCCGACGCUCUCACUGACCAAACCGAGCUCAUUCAGCUUGGCAGCGGCGAAGCAGAGGCAUCGGCUUUGCCCUGUGUGCUGGUUUGCGGGGUGGACUUUGGCGAUGACAACUCUGUUGCCGGACGCCUUUUUCAAGAGCUGCAGCUGCUGACGGCUGGCACGCCAAAUGAGCCUGUGUGGUGUGACCUGGACAUUUGGCUAUGUGUUUUUGGCGGGCACACAAAAGUUGACAUG